AUGUCGAACAAUGCUCGCUACUUGUUGUCGAUGCUCUCAACCUCGAGCUCGGAUUCUCGGCCAGCUCUGCUCGUCACCUUCGAAUCGCAUCGUUACCUCUUCAACACCCCAGAGUCAAUUUCGAGAGUCUGCGUCCAGAACAGGAUCGGGCUGAAAAGGGUGGGGCACGUCUUUGCCGGCGAUCUGAGCGAAAGCACCGGGCUCCCAGGUUUCAUCCUAAGUGCUGUCGAAACGGGCAAUCACGAGAUCCAAGUCGUCGGUCCUCCGGGAAUUGAUCAUCUGUUGGCAAGCUAUCGCUUCUUCACGCGAAGGUGAGCGGAAGAGCUGUUAGGUAGGGUUUUGCUGUCCAGUUGCUGAUAUGGACGUCUGGCACUUCCAAAUUCUCAGAGAAAAGCUCUCGCUCAAGGUCUCUGCGAUUCACGCGUCUUCAUCCACGGUUCCACCGCUGCUCGUCUUCAAGGACUUGAAUAUGACCGUCUUCGCUGUUCCUUUGACACCGAAGUUCACAUCUUCACCUAGCACAAGAACGUUGGCCUCCACAAAACGGCGGCGCUCCCCUUCGUCCUCUCCGCCGCAGCGGCCAAAAUCUCCGCCAGCUCUGGCUUCGAGUUGCACUGAGGAGGACCCGAGCACAUCCACUUCCACUGCCCUCUCUUUCGAUCCGGAGGUUCCCAGCUUCAAUCCGGCCCUCUUGUGUGGCGAAGCGGCGUCGCAAUGGCGUACCUUGGUGCUCAACGACAUGUUUCGCGGGCGCAAAUUCGUCCCAGAAGCUACACCUACCCAGCCUUCGUUGCCGACCCACCUCAAGGUCGGGCCUUACCGCCAAACACCGGCUUAUUCAACUUCUCGGUUGCCACAUCCCGACGAAUCGGCGUUCUCUGGUACCGUACUCAGUUAUGUGGCGGUUGGGCCAGGCUCCAGGGGAAGGUUCUUGCCCGAGGAAGCACGCAAACGGGGUGUGCCACCGGGCGAAGCGUACAAGAAGCUCAUCGAAGGACAGAAGGUAUGGGUUUUGAAGCCACAGAAGGUGGUAGCUGCCUCGGCAGAUGAGAUUCCGCGACCCAAGGAAACGAGGAAGGAGCGGGCAAAGCGCACGGCCGAUGAACGCGCGCGAUUGGCCGCAAUCGUGGAUGGCGAGGGGAACGGGAUGUGGGUCGAGCCGAGCGAUUGCUUAGGGCCAGGGCAGGCCCCUUCGACUUUCCUUGUACUCAAUAUCCCCUCGCCAAACUACCUCGACGCCCUGCUCGAGCACCCACCGAGCCAUUUCACCCAGGUCUCGCCGGACAGCACGUUCAGGACGAUCUUCUACUUUCUUGGACCGAACGUGCUGCAAGAUGCCCGGCUCGACAAGUUCGUGUCAAGCUUUUCAACGGACUCCGGGAUUGCCCAUCGAAUUGCUUCGCCCGACGUAGCCUCGAACAAUCCCGUCACCUUCGUCGCCUCGGCACUCUUGAGCUUCCGGCUGUCGUACCUCGACAAGCACAUCUUCCGCCUCCCUCAAUACACGUAUCUUCCCGCGGACGCCAGCCCAAAGGUGCUCUCGGAUUCGACCCGGUCACAGUCCAGCGUCACCCUCUUACGGACGAAUGACACCUUUUCCGAAACACACGAGCUCGUGGUAGCGAAAGGCGUCCCCUUCCGGACAUUCGACUUCGACAUCCCAUCGUCGGCCGCCGAUAUCGAGGUCGCGAGGCUCAAGGGGGACGAGAAACCGCAGAACGUGCAGGAUGCAGCACAAGCGGCUUGGAAGGCCUACGAAGCUGCGGCCAAGGACGUGCGGCAAGCGGUCGAGCAGGAGACUGCGAAGAGGGGAUCGUCGUCCUCGGACGCGCACGGCGAUCUGUGCGUAACAGCACUGGGGACAGGGAGUGCGAUCCCGAGCAAGUACCGCAACGUCAGCGCCACGCUGUUGCACCUUCCCGGAGACGAAGGCUACAUCCUCCUCGACGCUGGUGAGGGUACUUGGGGCCAAAUCGCGCGGUGCUUUGGCGACGACCCUAAGGAAGGGAAGGAAAAGGUGCUGCGCUCGAUCAAAAUGAUCUUCAUUUCGCACUUGCAUCAAGACCACCAUGCCGGCUUGACGACCUUGUUGCGCGAACGCGCAGUGGUGAGUCGGAGAACGUCCAUCGCCCAGAUUCUUCGGUGAAACUAAAACAGUCUCGUGUUCCUUCAUUGACAGCUGUUCCCAAGCCCAGAACAACCGCUCGUCAUAGUCGGCCCACCUGGAGUUCGGGUCUACCUCAAAGAGCAGCAAGAACUAUUUGAUCUUGGGCUAUCAGCUAGUUCGUCGGCGCCAAUUCGGUUCAUCGAUUCGACAGCCUUGGAGGCUGGGAAGAAACUAAACGAAUCUGACACGAGGUAAGUACAUGUCCGGUCGAACGCCGUUCGUGGUCUUAGUGAGUCUGACCCACCAGUACUCUGCAUCUCUCGCGCUCAGGCGAUCGGUUGUGCAAGAUUUAUAUUCCUUGACCGGCCUCAAGUCCGUCACCACGGUGCCGGUAUUGCAUCGUUGCCGAUGCUGGGGUGUCGUCAUCACCCAUACCUCGGGGUGGAGAGCCGUGUUCUCCGGAGACACUAUGCCAUGCGAGGCCCUUGUCGUCGCUGGACAAGGCGCUUCCUUGCUCAUCCACGAAGCGACAAUCGAGGAUGGGCUCGAAGAGCUGGCUCGUAUUAAGGGGCACAGCACCUUCGGCCAAGCCAUCGACAUCGCGCGCAGAAUGAAGGCCAAGCACCUCCUCUUGACCCACUUUUCGGCGCGGUACCCCAAGUUGCCCCCGCUGUCCUUGAAUCGACCACCAGCAUCGGACGGGACGGAAGGUACACCGAUUGAACCUGUCGUAGCGAUCGCGUUCGACAUGUCGAAGAUGCGUUUGGACGACUUUUGGAAGUUCGAGAGGUACCGCGAUGCGAUGGAUGUCUUACUUGGAUGGGACGAGGCGACCGAGGAUGACAAGCUCGACGAUGGCUCCACCGUGGUAAACGCUGCCACCAUCACCGACAUGUCAUGA